AUGCACGGCCGGGGCGGGAGGACGAGGAACACGCUCCACCCCGAGCAACUCAACACGAGGUGCGUAUUGGGCGGGCGUGCCGGAGGCGCAAAGAAGCGCCGCGGCGUGGCUGCGAGCGACGCGGGCAGCGGGGGCGCCGGGGCGCUCCUCCGCGAGGCCAGGGCGGAGGAGGCCGUCGAGCGGCUGGGCCCCGAGGGCGUGCGGAGGAUCGAGCGGGGCUUCGAGCGGCAGGUGUCUGGCGAGCACCUGCGCGAGGUCCACUUCAAGACCGGCGUCUUGAGGUCCCUCUACGGCGCGUCCGACGUGCCGGACGCCCUCGCGCGGGCCCUCUUCGGCGCCCUCGACGCGCGCGGCCGCGGCCACCUCUCCGCCGACGAGCUCGUGUGCGGCCUGGCGGUGCUGCGGUGCGGCACCGUCGAGGAGAGGGUGCGCCUGCUGUUCGAGGUCUUCGACGCGGCCGGUCGUGACCGGGAGGCGCUGUUUCCGGGGGUCUCGGAGGCCAUGGGGCACUAUCAGCUGGCGGGUCGGGAGGGGCUCUCCGUGGACGCCGAGCGCUUCGCCUCGUGGGCCGCGGAGCACAUCGACUCCCCGCUGCUCGGGUGGGUCUUCGACAUGGAGCAGCUCCUCGGCACGCAGCUGGGGAGGGAGCCGUCCGCAGGCUGCCUGGGCGACAUCACCCGGACGCUGAGCGCGAUCGAGCGCGAGGACGUGGCCGAGAUCCGGCGCAUCUGCAUGGAGAUCGGGGAAGACGACGAGAGGCUCGUGGUUGACCUCAGGUCGGCGUGGCGGGACGCGGCGGCGCGGUCGAAGCUCAGCGUGGUGGACGCGGGCGCCUUCCGGGAGGCCCUGCCCUCCCUGCCGGGCCCGCUGGCGGAGCGGCUCUUCUGCGCGCUCGACCACAACUGCUCGGGCACCAUCGGCCUCGCCGAGUGGACCGGGGGCCUUGCCAGGUGCAUCAGGGCGCGGGCCGAGCCGGGGCUGGUGUGCCAGCACUACCACGCCCUCUUCUCGGACGGCCCCCAUCCGGUCCUCGUCCUCGCGUGCCUCCCCGGCCGCCCGGCCGCCGCCGCCGCGUUCCGCCUUGGCCCGGGUGCUCUUCGCCGACCCCCGCGCGGCGCCCGCGGAGCAGGUGCGCUCCCUGGCGUGCGCGCUGCGCGUGGACCUGAAGCUGCAGCCGCCCGACCCGCGGGAGGAGCGGGAGAUCGUCGACCGCCUCCACAGCAAGUUCGAGUCCAGCCGCCCGGGCAGCGUGGGGGACCUCUGGUACGUGCUGUCGGCCAAGUGGUGGCAGAAGUGGUGCGAGCACACGGGGGCGCACCACGGAACAGCGCGCGCGGGGGGAGUCAGCACAACGAGCGGGGCCACGCUGGGCCCGCCGGGGGAGUUCAACUCCGAGCUGGUGACCAGCGAAGGUGGCCUCCAGACGAACCUUGUACACUCGGUGCACUAUGA